AACAUUGUAAUAGAUCAGAAAUGACAAAUCACAGUUUUAAUUCUUCGUUCAUAUCAAUGAACCCUUUAGUGAUAAUUUCUAGUUUGUCAGAAAAUGAAUUAGGAUCAGAUGAUAUUGAAGAGAGUGAAUUGGGAUUGUAUUGCUUUGAAAAGAAUGAAUUGGAACUAGAUAAUUCUGAAGAAACAGGAGAACAGAAGUCUUUAUUUUUUACAGCUUUUAAUAGUCUAAAAAAUAAUGAUCUUCGUGAAUUAGAGCAUAUUUUUAGCUCUCCAAUUAACAAUGAAAAAUUAUAUUCAUUGUAUAAAGAACAUAAAUAUGAUAAACUUAGAACUAAAUAUAGGAUAGUAAUUGGUUCACAAUAUGCUAAUCGCAAAGAGGACAUUUCACGAAAUAAUUAUUCAAUUUUG